AAGUUUUGCUAUUCUUUUAAUUAUCUUUUUUGACAUUUUAAUUCUUCAUUUUUCUCAAGUAUUUAGACUUUUAAUGCUUUUUUACCGCGAUCACCACCAGUGGGAUGCAUUUAGGACUCACCCUCGAAUUAAACGUACACCGCAAAAAUCUCACGCUUAUUACAUUCGUUGGUUACAAUGGUUAAAGUUGAUCAUUUUUGUAAUUUCCCAUUGUUCUUCACUUGUGGCUGUGCUCGUUUCCAAAUCUGUAAUUAUCCUUCUCUCAACUAACAUUGGACUUAACUAUAUUAUGGCUGACACAAAAUUCUAUGGACAUUGCAAAAAUUUUGACCGAUUGAGUUCAAUUUGUGCUGCUCUAUGGCUUAUUCAAACGAUUCCAGAUGUCUGCGCCUUUGUACAGGAUUUAUUCAAAAUUAGACUUACAACAAAAGCUGAUCGUUCAUUAAUAGGAAUGUUUAUUCUUCUCGAAUCUUUUCGAGCUACCGGACUUUCACUCGCCGUUUUGAAUAUAUUUCCUUUAUUGGACGUUUCACGUUGUAUAAUGUUCACCUGUGCCUUUCACUGUUUCUACUACAUCAAAAAUGCCCUCCAAAAUUUUCACCGUUCUUUUGACUUGAACCGUUCAAUCCGCUGGCGUUUUGCUUGCAUUACCGCAAGUCUACCAUCAGCUUUUCUUUUUGCCUUUCUAUUUAGUGCUGGCUAUUUAUGGGCACUUUUUGAUGGUCAUCCAAAGUUUAAAUUUGGUGUGUUACUUACCAUUUCUUUUACUCUAUGUUCUCUUGGUUUUUGGGAGAGUUGGGUUGACACUAAACAAAAGGAGGGUCUUUUUCAAGAACUUUAUGAGAUUAAAUAUGGCAUGAGAAAACUUAAUCCAGAAACAAGAAUGGUUGCUUCAUUCCUUCGUUUUUUGUGCACGUCUUCAGUUCUUUAUUUUUCAUUAAGGCAUCAUAAUAUUCCUGUUGGAACCUUAAUUUUAAUGCUAUUCAAAAGCAAAGAAGGAGUAUUUGGAGAUCAAGCAAAGAUUUUCAUAUUUGCUUUUAUUUCAUUGGCACUCAAUUUCUACCUUCGUAUUUGCUUUCGUUUUUUGGCUGCAAUGCGUCUAAAUUUGUUUACUUGUAUCCAUCCAGUGUUUUUAUCAACUCCAUUACUUUUAAUGAGUUUUCACGGAUUAUGUCAUGUACUUCCAAUUUGUCGGAUCAACGUUAUCUUAAAAUAUUUUGAUCUUAAUUUGUUUUGUAUCAAAGGUGUUAAUCCUACUGGAUCUGUAAAGGAUUACUAUAUAACGUGGAUUUGGUUAUUUUCUUAUAUUAUUUGGAGUUUAAAAUUUACAAAUGGGAAGAAAUAUGACAAAACUGAUGAAAUAAUUGAGUCGAUGACACCAAUGAUGAGUGGAUUGGAUAUUUGCCAGUCACUUGUUGUUUUUCGUUAUUCAAUUGCAAAGAAGGAUGUUGACUACGACUCUGAUGAAGAUGUUGAGCCUGAGGAAAGCCCUCUUCGAAUUAUAAAUGGUCAUAUGGACAGAAUUAUUACUUUAUAUGUUUGUGCAACAAUGUGGCAUGAAACAAAAAAUGAAAUGACGCAGAUGCUUCGAUCUAUUCUAAAACUUGAUGUUGAACAGUCUGUCCGACAAAGCGAGGAUGGAAUCAAAUUUCGAUUAGAAAUUCAUAUUUUCUUUGACGAUGCUUGGGUUGAUGACAGAGAAUGUGGAAGAGUACCCAAUGAUUACUUCAAAUUAUUGUUUGAUGUUUUAAUUGAGUUGACUAGAUCAGAAAAUGCUGAAACAGACUUGUUUACACGUGUUCUUGUCAAUACUCCUUAUGGUGGACGUAUUGUUAUGGCAUUGAGUGGAGGCGCUCUUCUCUUUGUUCAUCUUAAAGAUAAGCGGUUAAUUCGACAUAAGAAGCGGUGGUCACAGGUUAUGUACAUGUACUAUUUGCUUGGACACCGAAUUGUUGAUUCUCAUCUUAGCGUUGAAGAUCGUCAAUUACAAGCUGACAAUACUUACAUUCUAGCAAUUGAUGGUGAUUCAAAGUUUGAACCUUGUGCUGUUCUUCGUUUGAUUAACCUUAUGAAUCUAAAAAGUGAUGUUGGUUGUGCCUGUGGACGUAUUCAUCCUAUUGGAACUGGCGUAAUGGUUUGGUAUCAAAAGUUUGAAUAUGCAAUUGCUCAUUGGUUUCAAAAAGCAGCUGAACACGUCUUUGGAUGUGUUUUAUGCGCGCCAGGUUGUUUCUCACUUUUUAGAGCAUCAGCAUUAAUGGACGACAAUAUUAUGAAUAAAUACACAAAAACUGCUUCUGAACCAAGACAUUUUGUCCAAUAUGACCAAGGUGAAGAUCGAUGGCUUUCAACAUUAAUGCUUAAACAGGGUUAUCGAAUUGAAUACGCUGCUGCUUCUGAUGCAGAAACUUAUGCACCUGAAGGUUUUGAUGAAUUCUUUAAUCAAAGGCGAAGGUGGACGCCAUCUUCAAUUGCUAAUACUUUGGACUUGUUGGCGGAUUAUAAGUUAGCUUCAAAAAACAAUGCAAGCAUUUCAAGGCUUUAUAUUAUAUAUCAAAUGAUUGUUAUUGCAUUUUCAUUGCUUGGUCCUGCUAUAAUAUUUACAAUGCUUGUUUAUGCUCAGGUUGCCGCUUUUGCUGUCGAUUCAACGCGUGUUCUUGUUUACAAUGCUAUUCCAGUAUGUGCAUUUAUUUGUUGUUGUUUUGCUUUGGAUUCAAGCAUUCAAUUGAUAUUUGCUAAAAUUGCUUCUGUCGUUUAUGCUUUCAUAAUGUUGGCUGUUCUCAUCGCUACCACCAAUCAAAUUGUACUAGAAACAGUAUUUUCACCAACAUCAAUGUUUGUCCUUGGAAUGGUUAUUAUUUUCUCAUUUGCUUCAUGCAUUCAUCCAAAAGAAUUUUCAAAUAUUAUAUUUGGAGCAAUUUUCUUUUUGAUGAUUCCUUCAACUUAUGUUUUUCUUUCACUCUAUUCUUUAAUCAAUUUAAAUGUGAUCAAUUGGGGUACAAGAGAAGCUGUUGCCAAAGCUACUGGACAAACAACUUAUAAAGAAAAUAUUGCUGAAAGAGUUCUGAGAAGAGUUGCAAAUUUAAACGAUGAAAAUUCUUUUCUUACAAGAUUGCUUAUUCGAUAUCGCGGGUCAGAAGAAUCAAGCGCUAGGAUUCGAACUUUGGAAAGGAAAAUUGAACGAACUGAGCGUUUAUUGCUUACAAUAAAGGACUCAAAUACAUCAAUAGAGUGUACACCAGACAAUAGAAGGUUUGGACGCCCAAUGGAUAUGGUUGAUGUUGUACUCAGAGAAGUAAAUGAGACAGAAUUGCCCAUAAGGAGUGGUUAUGAGGCAGUUGCUGUUCGAAGAUUACAAACUUUGCAGCGACAUUCUGUUAUUUCCGACCCCUGCAAACGUUCCCUUUGGAUGGAUUGUGAAUAUCUUCAAUGCUGCGAUCGAGGGAAGCUGCGCGCUGGUGAGGAAACAUUUUGGGAUGAACUUAUUGACAGAUAUUUGAAGCCGAUAGCAUCAACCGCCCAAGAUCAAGCUCAAAUUGCUGCUGGUUUAGUCUCUUUAAGGAAUAGAAUUGCUUUCUCGAUCAUUUUAAUGAAUGGUUUGCUUGUCUUGGCAGUCUUUUUGCUUCAACGUCAUAAAGAUGUUUUAUCUGUGAAAUUCAUACCAUACGAGGGCUUCAAAUGGACAAAAAUGAAUGAGACAACAGGAAAAUUUGAAGAUACUACCGAAGCGCUAAAAGUUGAUCCGCUUGGAAUUGGAAUAAUUUUCUUUUUGAUGGGAAUUCUUAUAGUAUUCUUUUCAAAAAUUUUAAUAAAUUAA